AUGUCCAACGACAGCUCCAUCACCCAGUUCCGCCUCCUGGCAUUUGCAGAUACGCGGGAGCUGCAGCUCUUGCACUUCUGGCUCUUCCUGGGCAUCUACCUGGCUGCCCUCCUGGGCAAUGGCCUCAUCAUCACUGCCGUAGCCUGUGACCACCGCCUCCACACACCCAUGUACUUCUUCCUCCUCAACCUCUCCUUCCUUGACCUGGGAUCCAUCUCCACCACUGUCCCUAAAGCCAUGGCCAACUCCCUCUGGGACACCAGGGCCAUCUCCUACCCAGGAUGUGCUGCACAGGUCUUUCUGUUCAUCUUUUUGAUGUCAGCAGAGUAUUUUCUUCUCACUGUCAUGGCCUACGACCGCUAUGUUGCCAUCUGCAAACCCCUGCACUACGGGACCCUCCUGGGCAGCAGAGCUUGUGUCCACAUGGCAGCAGCUGCCUGGGGCAGUGGGUUUCUCAAUACUGUGCUGCACACUGCCAAUACGUUUUCGGUACCACUCUGCAAGGGCAAUGCUGUGGACCAGUUCUUCUGUGAAAUCCCCCAGAUCCUCAAGCUCUCCUGUUCAGACUCCUUCCUCAGGGAAGCUGGGCUUCUUAUUUUAAGUUCUUUUUUAGCUUUUGUAUGUUUUGUUUUCAUUGUGCUGUCCUAUGUUCAGAUCUUCAGGGCUGUGCUGAGGAUCCCCUCCGAGCAGGGACGGCACAAAGCCUUUUCCAUGUGCCUCCCUCACCUGGCUGUGGUCUCCCUGGUUAUCAGCACUGCAGUGUUUUCCUACCUGAAGCCUCCAUCCACCUCCUCCCCAUCCCUAGAUCUGGUGCUGGCAGUUCUGUACUCAGUGGUGCCUCCAGCAGUGAACCCCCUCAUCUACAGCAUGAGGAACGAGGAGCUCAAGGAUGCCCUGAGGAAACUGGCAACUGAAUGGUUUUCAGCAGCCAUAGACUGCCUACGUUCCUCUGCAAGUGACUCCCAGUGUAUGUCAUGA